AUGGCUAGCACGAAUUCUUGUUUGCCUGAGACUGUUCCUUUGUUAACUUUCCAUUUCAGAACUCGACAAGCGACCAUAGCGGACGCGCCUGCCAUUGCAAAAAUGAUAAAGAGCCUUGCAGAGUACUUAGGAAAACCUGAAAAACUUAAGAUUGGAGAAAAAGAGCUUCUUCGUGACGGAUUUGGUAAAAAUCCUUUGUUCCACUGCGUUGUUGCUGAGGAAAUUGACAAAGAUCACGAAAAAGAAAGAGACGCUUGUGUGCCGAGAAAACAAGUGGCAAUACAAAAGCAAAAGGUGCUUGGAGUUGCCAUUUACUUCUUCACUUACUCCACAUGGGAGGGUCCGGUACUUUACGUGGAAGAUCUUUUUGUCAUUCCUUCCGUGAGAGGUAAGCUAACUGGUGCACGGCUCGGUAUAACGUGCACCCAAAAUGAGAUCAAGGUACAGGACAAAGGUCCUAAUCAUCAGCGCACUCUCAAGUUAUGAGCGCAAUUAAUAGCGGAGCUCCUGCGCAGCGAAGGCGCGCGAGCGGAGCUCCAUAC